UGCAAUUUGUACUAAACCCAGUCUCUCUUUCUAUGGAAUCGUUAGCAACUUCAGACUCCCACAAGCGCGCACCCCCACUGUUGUACGGUCGACACGUUUAGCUGCUUCUUGCCUGGGGACAAGUUCAUGAAAAGAACACCUUCUGGAGACUACUUCGCUUGCCUCUGUUCGGAACAUUGACAGAUAAGUUCAUCUUCUACUCACUCUCUUUCCGCCAAGAAUGAGCAGAUCAGCGCGUGUCUUCUGUGCCACGGUCUUCGUCUUUGGACUGCUCUUCUGCCCGGUGGGUAGCAAGAGGAAUCGAGGUUCCCAAGGCGCCAUCCCUCAUCCAGAUAAAAACAACCCUAACGAAUCAGAGCAGCAACCGCAGCCACCGCAGGCGGGUUCUGGAUCCCGGGGGCGAGGCAGGGGGUCGGCUGUGCCUGCCGAGGAGGUGCUGGAGUCUAGCCAAGAAGCCUUGCAUGUCACGGAGCGCCGCUACCUGAAACGUGACUGGUGCAAGACCCAGCCACUCAAACAGACGAUCCAUGAAGAGGGAUGCAUCAGUCGCACCAUAAUAAAUAGAUUCUGCUAUGGACAGUGCAAUUCCUUCUACAUCCCCAGACACGUUCGCAGGGAGGAAGGUGCCUUCCAGUCUUGUUCCUUCUGUAAGCCGAAACGAUUUACCACUAUGACUUUCACCCUGAACUGUCCGGACCAGCAGCCUCCCACCAAAAAGAAACGCGUGCAGCGCGUAAAGCAGUGCCGUUGCAUUUCAAUAGAUCUGGACUAGAUCGUUUUUUUGUGUUAUAUUGCCUUGACUGGGCUCUUCAGCAACAAAGGGAAAUGUUCACGCACGGCGCAUCACCACACGGGCUGCAAAACGGACUUAUUUUACCCAGCAGAACUCUGGGAAGUCUUCAACCCGCAAGGAAACGAGGGAUAGACCACGAUGCACAUGCCAUGUGAUGUGAAGUCAAUACACUAUUUUAGUAGGCAAGUCAAUCCGAUUUCAGUUAAAUGCACGCACGCAGUGAUCAAACCAACACAAUACACGGUUAUUUCACAACGCACAUAUCACCAAACCCAGCAGGCGCAACACAAGUGUGGAAUGAACUCCUCGCAAACCGCGAUUUGACAUAUAGCCAAACUCACCCCUGUAUGCCCCAUCCGCUCUGAAGACCGCAGUACUUGGCUUGCUCAUGUAAAGUACCUACAUGGAAAGCCAACGGAUACUAUAUAGGGGUAUUCAUUAUUUUAGUAACUUUAACUUCUUGGACAGCACCAGCCAUAUUCCGGACCACUUCGACGGGGUAUGCAUUAUGUCCUUAUCCCAUUUGCGUAUAUUGUUCUUUGUUGGGUUUUAAAUAUUGAUUGAGUGAACAGAUCGUUUCCACUAUGUGGAAUGUGAAAAGAGAAUGGAGUGAUGCUAAUAUUUAAUGUAAUUAUGAGACAUUUGUAUCGUUAAUAUGGAUGCUACAUGACUUUCUGUGAAUCUCCCUAGUCUGCACUGUCUUGUGCCAGUUGAUGCUCAUUAGGGGAAGAAAAGUGUUGAUUUGUUAUAUACCCAUGUUUGAAGCUAUCAAUAGGGCCGAACUCGUGGACAAUUGUACACGUUUCAAAUGUAAAUGUUUAUUAUCGAUGAUCUAUUAGCUGUCUUGAGUUUUUGAACGCUGUACAGAAUUCGUAGAUAUGUAAUCAUCAAGGUGACACUUGUUCUCCUUCAUGUAGAUGUUAAUACACCAAAUUGUUGUAUAAAUUGCAGCAGCAUCACGGCUUUCCCAGGUGCAAAUUAAAACAUUUUAAACCUCGAAGUUUAGUGAACUUUGCGCUUUUUCUGACUACGUUGCUAACACUGACGCAACACUAGCAGACUAGCGAAGUUCCUGUUGCAGAAUUUCGACACCCAAGGCGGACACUACAAGGAUGAAUAGGUCGUAAAUUGUUUCAGAAUUGUGAAGACUCCGAUUUCAUGCAGAGCAUUUUAUGCAUCAAGUUAACCCGAAACACCAAAUAAAAGACAUCUUCUACGGCGAGGGGUUACUUUCUUCUCGCUCGGAGCCAACCUCUUGCUGGGACUUUUAUACGUUUCUUAGACCCUUGAAUACAUUUCGUCGUAAAACGAUAUAAUUUAUGAGGAAAGACUACGAGACGCACGAUUAGAUGUCAAGCAAAACAACCUUUUCAAUAACCCCCUUCAAAAGAUGUUAUCCAGGUUAACUCCGCUAGCUCACAAAACCCGUUACAGCGAUAGGUCUCCAUCCUCCCUUGAUGUUUAACUCCGCGUCUUAUUAGUAUGUUGCUUCAGAGGAAAACUAAUCAACAGUGUAUGCA